UCCCGGCUCCGCCGCCCACGGACGGAGUCGGAGGGGAGGAGGGAAGGGGGCGCCCGAACCCGCUCCUCGCCCACGGGCGUCCGGCUCACGCGGCGUCCCGGCGCCCCACGGACAGGGACCCCCGCGGCGCGGAGACCCCCCACAGCCCCUCCUCUCGGCUGGAGGUCCCGUCAGUUAGCGCGGCAGCCAAUGGGCGCUCAGUCGUCACUCGGCGACGGCACUCCCGCCCUCCCCGGCGGAAGCGGAAGCGGAACCGGCCGGAGCUGCCGCGGCGGGAAGGAUGAAGCCGGCGGCGGGAAGGACGAAACCGGCUCCGGGGCGGCGCUGGCGCCUCGUCGGGGCUCUGCUGCUGCUGCCGCCGCUGCUGGGGAGCGCAGAGAUCAUCUCGCUCCAGGACGGGCAGAUGUGCAACCACACGGCUUCUCAGCACUUCUGCUACACCAACACGCGUGGCCCGCGGUGGCACGAUGUCUGGACGAGGAUGCAGAUCCGAGUGAACAGCAGCCGGAUGAUCCGAGUCACCCAGGUGAGCAGCGAGGAGCAGCUCGGCGAGGCUGGCGUGUGGAACACCGUUGUCUCCUUCCUGAAGGAGAAGCUGAACGACACCAGCAUCGAUGUGGAUCUGUACAGCAACAAAACCUGCCUGAAGGUCGAACUGCUGGAGGACGGCACCACGUACUGCGUUGUCCUCUUCAGACGCUUUGACCCUAAGCUGUUCCUGGUUUUCUUCCUGGGUCUGCUGUUGUUCUUCUGUGGGGACACGCUGAGCAGGAGCCGAGCCUUCUACUAUGGGUCUGGGAUAACUUUUGGUGUGCUGGCCUCACUGCUCAUCCUCAUCUACGUGGUGUCCAAGGUCAUGCCCAAGAAAAGCCCUGUGUACUUCCUGCUGGUAGGAGGCUGGUCUUUCUCACUGUACCUGCUUCAGCUGAUCUUCAAGAACCUCCAGAAGAUCUGCAAGUCCUACUGGCAGUACCUCCUAGGCUACCUGCUGCUCGCAGGCUUGGUGAGCUUCGGCGUGUGCUACGUGUACGGCCCCCUGGAGAACCAGCGCAGCAUCCGCCUCCUCUCCUGGGGCCUGCAGCUCCUGGGGCUGCUGCUCAUGUACUCGGGCAUCCAGAUCCACUCUGCUGCCCUGGCCAUGCUGCUCGUCGCCAUCUGCACCAAGAACAUCGAGUUCAUGAUGUACUGGGCCUGUGCUGCCCACAGGAGGCUGAGGAGAGUGUGGGCUGAGCCGAGCCCCCGUCGCCUGCUGACCGAGGAGGAAUAUCGAGUGCAGGGUGAGGUGGAGACACGCAGGGCCCUGGAGGAGCUUCGGAAGCGCUGCCAAAGCCCAGAGUUCGAUGCCUGGGCCACAAUCAGCCGCAUCCGUUCUCCUGAGAGGUUUGCUGACUUUGUGUGUGGUGCCUCUCACCUCACCCCCAAAGAGGUGAUUGCCCACGAGCAGGAGUACGGCCUGGGCGGCAGCUUCCUCGAGGAGCAGCUCUUCGAGGAGAUCUCCAGCGACUGGAGCGACACGAGUGACAGCCCCACGGGACACUGACCCUGCUCAGCUGCCCCUGACUCACAGAAGCACCGAGCCCCUGAGGGCUGGGGAAGAGCUGCCACGUCUGCUCCCAGCACCAUCCAUCCCACCCGAGCUGGGCUGCUGUGAGCUCUGUGACAGAGCCCUCUGGCAGGACCAGGGGGCUGCGACACCCCCAGUGCCCCCAGGCAGCUCUUGCCAGGCUGAGGGACCAAAGCUUUUGUCAGCACGGCCCUGGGUGCUGGCAGGACAGACACAGGGAGCUGGUCCUGCCCAGGGAGCGCAGGGCAGGCGAGGUGCAGGAUGCUGGUCCUGGCCCAAGGUGGGCGGGAGCCUCUCUGGCUUUUGGUGCAGGUGCCUGUGAGCUGCCAGGGCUGAAUCGUGGGGGCAGGGAGCCCCUUCCCUGGGUGCUCAGCAUCUGCCCAGUGUCAGGCUGCUUGGGGAGUGGGCAGAGGGUAACCCCCUGUUCCUCCUGCUGUUACCAAAGAUGCCAGAGGUGUCCAGCUCCUCAGGCUGUGCCUCUGCCUUGGCUUCAAUCCCCUUUGGAUACCAAAUGCUGGAGCUCUUGGGGAUGAGCAGGGGGUGGGGUGGCUCUGGGGGUCUGUGCCCUGGCAGCUCACUCAGCCUUGCCAAAGCACAAAGCUGCAGGGAAGCCCCAGUUAUGCAACUCUUGAAGCAACUGAGCUGCCCUGGGGCUGCUCUGCUGCUCCUGGGCUCCCCCAGCCCUCACCCUGCUGGGGCUUUUGCUGUGGGUUUGUUUCCCUUGCAGGUUUCACUCCCCUGGCUGUUGCUGCCUUCUCCUGCCUGUGUGGCUGCUGAGCAGCCUCUGGGUCUGUGUUCUUCCAUCCCCUCUCUUUGUUAAAGACUUUAUUUUUAAUAAAGGUGUAUUUUGUAGGUAA